CCCAAGCGCCUAUAAAUAGCGGGCACCGAAGAAGCACGGCGAUCAUCAAACCAUAACCACCGGAGCUUCUGAAGUGCAAAAACCAUCAAUCAGCGCAAACAUAGCUCGGUUUCCGAUCCAGUUGGAGAUGUCUUCUGGGUCGAGGAGCUCAUCCCGCGGCGCGGAGUGGAGCAAAAAAGAGAACAAGCUGUUCGAGGAUGCACUCGCCUACUACGGCGAGGGCACGCCCGACCGCUGGCUCAAGGUGUCCCGCGCCAUGAGCGGGACCAAGACGGCCGACGAGGUGCGCCGCCACUACGAGAUCCUUGAUAGCGACAUUACUCCGGCAGGGUUCCUUUCCCCAAGUACAACACCCAGGGCCGGGGGGCUUGGAACUGAUUCAUCAAUCAAGGAGCGAAGCUUCUGAAUUUUGAAGAUCCUGCAAAGAGCUUUCCAUAAAAAAAAAAGAGAGAGAAGAUCCUGCAAACAGGAUAACCUGUUGAUAAUCUAGUCCUUAGCUGGGACCAUGUUAUUGAAGCAAGCAUAAUUAUGUACCGUAUAACUAAGAUUGUGGGCACUUGGUUAGGAAUAAAAGAAGAAAACAUAUGUGUGUGUACAUAAUAUUAAUUAGGUUUGUAAGCAAAUCAAGUGUGCUUGGUCUUGCUGAUGCUAGCUUGUAUUUUUCAUUGCGUACAGUAUUACUCAUCUCCAAUAAGUUUUGGAGUAAACAUCUGUGAUGUAAAUCCCCUUUACCUGUGUGUAGUGUUUAUGAACUUGUGCUUGGUAGAAUAUUCCUGUUUUAUCUAUCUUCAUGACUCGGAUGUUUACAUUACACUUUACAAGUAAUAAUUAUUGAUCCUUUCUGACAAAGAUGGAGUAGAUGUGAGUAUGGCUAUGUGGCAUCUGGUAACUUGUGUACUCCCUCCGUUUUAUUUAUUCCGCAUAGUUUUGAUUGAAGUCAAACUUUGAAAAGUUUGACCAAGUUUAUAGAAAACUAUAUGAACAUUUACAAUAACAACCUUAAAAAAACAUUUACAAUAACAAAAAUGUAUGAAGUGAAAACAUGAAGUUGAUUCUUUGUCUUUUCGAACAGCUUUCGCAUCUCAAUAAAUUUCCAUAAGAGCGAGCUAUUUUCCUUUGGAAAGGCCAAGGAAAGAGAGAAUUAAUAUAGGCAACUCUUCGGUUGUGAGGUGGAAUCUCUUUUGUUUAUGUACCUCGGAAUACUCAUUCACCCCCUAAGCUCACAAAAUAAGAAU